AUGUCAUCCUUCCGUCCUCGUGAUUUUAAGACAAUUCCAGCCACAGGAUAUGAAGAUUUCAUGCAAAUGCAACAAGAUUUCAUUGAAAUGGAUAGCACAAAUGUAGCAGAAAAAGAAAAUUCGUUAUUAAAGAAUUCCAUGUUGAAAUCGAAACAAGGGAUGAUUUCUUUUGUUGACGACUUCCUUAGAAACGUCAGCAUCAGACAUAAAGAUCUUGACUUGUUCAUUGAAGUUAUUGAAUUUUUGUACAAAAAUGCCAAUUCAUCUAACUUCACCAAAGACAUAAUACAAACAGUCGUUGACAAGAUCUUAACUCCUAUUGAAGACUAUAGAAUUUCAGAAAAAAUUAUGCAUUUUACAUUUCUUCGCAGAUUAUUCGUUAAAAAGCUCAUUCCUCUCGAUCAAAUUCAUUCUACACUGCUUAAUUUUCCAAAGGGAUAUCCAAUUCAAUACAUAAUCCUUUACUAUUUCUUCGUUUCUGAAUGCUACACAAAAUCUGGCAGAGAUGUGGAAAAAAUGAAGGAAGUGAUCGAAGAAUACAGAAUGAAAUUUGAAGGAAAUCCUAAAAUUACAAAAGAAAUGGAAACUUUCUUAAAACUCCAAAAAAUGCAAGAUUCAAUGGAAAAGAACUCAUAUGCGAAGCUCAAAGAAUACAUCGAAUACGGAUGCCCACUUAAUUCAAUGGAAUACGCUCUUAAAUUCGAUAAAGUCGACCUUUUGAAUGAAAUUGUAACCAGAGACAAAAUUAAUCUAUCAGAAAGAAUGGAACAGAACUAUUUCGAACCAUCUUUGUUCGUACAUUGGGAUCCUACACCUCUUGAGUUCGCUGCUUUCUUUGGUUCUUACAAUUGUUUCAAAUACAUCAUCAAACAUAACAUUAGCUUACAAUACAUUCCUCUUUUCGCUACAGCAGGAUGCGAUAUACGUAUCCUCAAGGUUUUGGCCUCAAAAAAGGUCAGUUUUGAAGGAUGUCCAAGAAUUGCAGCUUAUUUCCGCAGAUAUGACAUUUUCGAGUGGAUCAUGACACGCCACAAAGAGAAUCUGAACAUGAAGAAGGAACUAAACUACGCUUUAUCACGUGCAAUUGCAAUUAAUUAUAUUGAUAUGAUAGUUCAAUGCAUAGAUAUCGGGGCAAACAUCAAUUUCAAGGAUGAGAAUCAACAGACUCCGCUGAUAGUCGCUGCUACAAACGAUUGCCUCGAAUCUGUUGCUUAUAUGAUCAGAUAUCCAAGUUUAGGCGUGGCCGCAGAAGAUGCUUUUGGCCACAAGAUACAAGACUUAUCUCAUGACCCAAGAAUUAGAAGACUUAUUGCAGAUGCAAUUGAAGAAGAGAAUGAAAGACUUAGAAGAUAA